CCAUGGGACGGCACCCUCAGAGCACGUCUGCCUCCUCUAUCUAUACCAAAACAGUUGAGGCGUCGAACUUGAAUCUGGGAUCUCUGCAGCGACUACGUUCAAUUGUUGAUUUGCAUCUUGGCCAUCUUGGCAGUACCUUGUUGUGGCUCGAGGACCAUUUUUCACUGCUAAGAACUCGAUUGUGUUCGAAGUAGCGUCGUCUGAAGAAAAAACUGAAAAUCUUUAACCGACCAAAAUAUUUGAAAGACGAACGUAUAUAAUGGCGAAGAACCAAGUGUCCGACAAAGAAGUUGAUAAUAUCUCUACUGAUUGUGAGAUGACUCAAUCUUUACCAUAUUUACCUUCGUGUACCAAAAGCUAUUCUGAGUCACGAAUGGAAUUCACCACAUUUGAAUAUACAUGGAAAAUUGUAGGAUUUGAUCGUUUUUACAAAGCCACGAGUACACUACUAUCUCCACCGUUUGCUCAAGAUCAAUUCAGGAUUGAAAUGAAUAAUUCACAUCAAGAUAAAAUAAUAAAAUUUUAUAUACGUACUCUUACAGCGUUUACCGCUUCGUGUACUACUACUGUAACAGAUAGUUACCGCGAGUCAAAUAAAUCGUUAUCAAAUAAAUAUGUUUCUGGUAUUAUACAUGAUAAGACAUUGUUAGUUGAAAUUGGGCAAUCAUACCCACGGUUUUAUGAUUUGGCGAUACAUUGCAAGAUUGAAAUUUAUCAAAAAUUGAUAAGUAGCACAAUGCAUAUGGAUUUACCAUCUUCCUUAACAAUAUUCAAAGACAUGAAACGUCUUAACAACUCAACCCUUAAAUUUGAGUCUAAGAACGAGAAGUCAAUCAAAUUUGUAGUAGGAGAGCAAUCAUACAUUAUAUCAAAAAAGUUGUUGUGGGCUACCAACAGUAGCUACUUUAUGAAUGUCUGUCUUACGCAUGAAGGGGAGGAAAAAGAUAUGACAAGUGAAUUAGAAAGACUUGGUGAGAUGCUUACUUUUAAAAAGAUUUUAUCAUAUAUUUUAACUGGCUCAUUGUCAAUAAACAAAAGUGAUUAUUACAUGUUUAAAGAAUUGUUAAAAACAUCUGAUAAAUAUGAUGUACCAACUUUAAAAUUUAUAUGUGAACAUUACUUGGUACGUUCUUUUACGGUUGACAAUACUGUGGAACUUGUACAGCUUGCUUUUUCGUCAAACGCAAAAGUUUUAGAAAAACAUUUGGCAACUUUCAUUAAAUUCCAUGAAAAAAUAAUUACGAAGUCUAGAGCAUUUCUAAGUCUACUACCAGAAGAUUCAAAUAAGAUCAUGGAACUGAUUAAGAAAAGUAAAAUACUCGAAGUCAAAACUUGUGAUACUGUUCAGUGAUACUAUCAUCUAUGCCUUCAAAAAUUUGCAUUGGCUGUUUACUACAAUUCAUAUAAUAUAGUUUUAAUUAUAAAUUAAUUAAACAAAGAACGCGACAAAGAUUUUUUUUCGUGAUAAAGAUUAAUUUACAAUGAAUAAACAUGUGUUUGGUUUCUUAAAAAUAUAACUUUUGAUUUUUAUUUAUGUAAGAAUGUAUGUGCAAAUGUAAGUGUUAAGACACACUAAAAGUAAUAUUUUAUUUGAACUUGUGUAUACGAAAAAAACUACUAUUAAGUAUAUUUCGUAUAGAUUGCUUAUAAUUUUCUCGUCUACUUGUGUUGAUCUAAAACGGAAGGAAAUAAAAAAGUAAAAAUUCCUUACAGACUUAUGUCAGUUAUGUUUUAUAAUAAGAAAUUAUAUUUUAUUGAGAUUUUUAAUCGUAGUUCUGUGGGUCAUUCUGUGUACCUAUCAUAAUGUUAGGAACUUUUGCAACUACCAUUUCCGACGAGACAGCAAGCUAUUUUUCAUAAAGUUAAACUUGAUUGUUAUUUUUUAAUAUUUAUCACCGUUGUACGUUUUCAAUAUUGUCAUUAAUUUGGGUGUCAAUAAAAUGCAAGUAAAUUGAA